UGUUUACAAAACAAAAGCCGGCUUAUCAAUCGAACAGAUUCCCAAAAUAUUCGCUCAAAAUCAGUGAAAUUUUCAACUUUGCCGCCAAUCAUGGUCAGCGAAAUCUCCCGGGGCUUCCGGGAGGACUGCUACAACUUCCUGAACGGCUUCACCAGCCACCAGUCGAUGGACUUUCGGUACUUUUGCCAAGAGUGGAAGCGAACCGGCUUCAACUACGUCUUCUACGCCCGCAACACCGAGGUCGAGCUGGUCGAGUUCACCCACGAAGCGCUCGUCAUCGUGAAGCACAUCUUCCUGGCGGCCAAACUUCCGCUGGACCGGAUCGGUGCCUUCUACCUUCUGUACGCGCUGUACUUUAAGCAACCGACGGAGCUGUUCUGUAAGGUGCGCGUCACGCUGGCCGAUUGGCGCGAGAUUAAACGGUUCGUGUUGGAGCGACCACAGGAGGAGGCGCCCCAGCUGGUGGUAAUUUUUUGGAAGAUGUUCAUCGGGGACGCGUUCCGGUUCGUGCAAGAUGAGAAGGAGUACGGGUACGAUUCGUUCUUCAUCAAGGGAGGACAGUCGAGCAAGUACGACGAUAAGGUGCGGGAAUCUUUCAAGAUCAUCCGGGAGGCGGAGAAGGAUUUCAAGAGCAUGAAGUCGAUUACGGGGCUGUUUACGGCGCUGGACGCCCUCGAGAUGGGUUACAACGAAAUGAAGGAAUCGCUGGACGAAACCGAAGCAUCGAGCAGCAACGCCACCUCCACGGACAAAAUCCCCCAGUCCAACCUGAUGCAGAGUCUGCACAAGGACCUGGACGCCAUCAUCAAGGUGCUCAGCCCCGACGAAUGCGCCGCAGCUGCAGCGGCCACACCAGCAACCGCCGACCAAGAUGCGUCCGGAGGUGGCGACGAGUUGGCCGUCCACUCGAACGAAAGCAUUGGGGCGAAGCGAUCGUCGCUGAGGGAACGUGCCUUCCGGCGGAAGGUCAACCGGCGGGACUUGCAGAUUGCCACGGCGACCGUCAGCACGACGAGCGUGGGUACGUCCGGGAGUGGCGCGAGUCCCAGCAAAGGAAUCAGGCCACGGGCAACGAAGAAGAAGGGCGUCAACACUUCGGUCUUUGAGAAUGUGACGCUUGGGUCGACGGAUAUGAGCACCGAUGAAGAUGAUCUUGCGACGUAGCUGGGAACACGCGCGACGCGGUGAUGCAAUCCGCUGCUGGUCCAGCUAUCGCCAGUGUCGGCGGAUUCUAUAUUUAUGAAGUGUGAUAAUUGAGGACGGCGACACACGUGUGUGGGGGUGGGUUUUCUCUCAAUCUCCCCCAGCAAUGCAAAUCUGUGAAUCUGAAUGGAGAUUUUUGCGUCGUUUUGUAGCUCGUUUAGGCUUAAGUACGAAUAAAUCGAAUAAAUUAUUGACUCGAAUUGA